AUGGCGACAAAUUUUCCUUGGGUUCUUCCUGUUCGAGUCGCUCAAGUCAUUUUUGCUAUUAUCGUUCUUGGGUUAACAGCAUACUACAUCAGUUGGUAUAGCUACAGUGACACUGUGAAUUUCAUGCUUUUCAACGGCAUAUGGACAGCUUUCGUUGCCGUGCCUUAUCUUGCCGUCGCACCAAUGUACUUCCCACGGGUCGCCCAUAUACUAAUCAUGGUGGCCGUCGAAGCAGUCACCAUGAUCUUCUGGUUCGCAGGGUUCAUCGCCUUGGGGGUCUACCUACCACCAUCAGAAUUCUGUCACUGGAGUAGAUGUCGGGCACUGCAGGCUGCAACCGUGUUUGGGGCAUUUGAAUGGGCACUCUUCGUCGCCACCACUGUCGUAGCUACGCUCGAGGCGAUGCGAUCAAGAUCCAACAGUGCGAGUACGAAGCCCGGCCCGUAUGCUUCUGGCCAUGUCAAUGUGUAAACAACGGAAGUGGGGAUCGAUCAAUUCACAUCUUAGCGAGGGCCUCAUUUGCAGUCGCCAAGACUAUCGAUGCCACCCAAAUCCUUUGGACGGGAGGAUUGACGACGAUAUGAAAUAUACCGCUCAUAGCUGAGAAGUGGAAGGACUAAUGAGUCAAGGGCGGCUACGCGGCGUUCAUGUGCUGGGAUUUGUAUAUCAGACUAUGUAGCAAGAUACCCAUGUCUUAAAUCAACCGAAGCCUUAUAAUUUCAGCCUUGACUCGUGUUUAAAAUUAUGGUUGUGGCAAAUCCCAC